CCAUGGCGAAAGGAGAAGGCCCUGCCAUUGGAAUCGACCUCGGCACUACCUACAGCUGCGUGGGCGUGUGGCAGCACGAUCGCGUUGAGAUCAUCGCCAACGACCAAGGCAACCGCACCACCCCGUCCUACGUGGCAUUCACUGACACGGAGCGCUUGAUUGGCGAUGCGGCGAAGAAUCAAGUGUCCAUGAACCCUGUCAACGCCGUUUUCGAUGCGAAGCGUCUCAUCGGGCGGCGGUUCUCUGACGCGCCCGUGCAGAACGACAUCAAGCUGUGGCCGUUCAAGGUGAUCGCAGGCGCGGGCGAGAAGCCGAUGAUCCAAGUCGAGUACAAGGGCGAGACGAAGCAGUUCGCAGCGGAAGAAAUCUCGUCCAUGGUGCUAACGAAAAUGAAGGAGAUCGCAGAGGCUUACCUUGGAACUACCGUGAAAAACGCGGUGGUGACGGUUCCGGCGUAUUUUAACGAUUCUCAGCGCCAAGCGACGAAAGACGCGGGUGUGAUCGCUGGGCUGAACGUGAUGCGGAUUAUCAACGAGCCGACUGCAGCUGCUAUCGCGUACGGGCUCGAUAAGAAGAACAGCAGCUCAUCGGAGAAGAACGUGCUUAUCUUCGAUCUCGGGGGGGGUACUUUCGACGUGUCGCUUCUCUCGAUUGAGGACGGUAUUUUCGAGGUGAAGGCGACGGCUGGAGACACGCAUUUGGGUGGCGAAGAUUUUGACAACCGCAUGGUGAACCACUUCGUCCAGGAAUUCAAGCGGAAGUACAAGAAGGACCUCAGUAACAACCAGCGGUCUCUUCGCCGCCUUCGCACGGCCUGCGAGCGCGCCAAGCGAACACUCUCCUCCACCGCGCAAACGACCAUCGAGAUCGACUCGCUGUACGAGGGAAUCGACUUCUACACCACCAUCACUCGCGCGCGCUUCGAGGAGCUGAACAUGGAUAUGUUUCGAAAGUGCAUGGAUCCUGUGGAAAAAUGCCUCAAGGACGCGAAAAUGUCCAAGGCGCAGAUCCACGACGUGGUGCUCGUCGGCGGCUCCACGCGCAUUCCCAAGGUGCAGCAGCUGCUGCAGGAGUAUUUCAACGGGAAGGAGCUCUGCAAGAGCAUUAAUCCUGACGAGGCUGUGGCGUACGGCGCGGCGGUUCAGGCGGCGAUUCUGAGCGGCGAGGGGAACGAGAAGGUGCAGGACCUGCUGCUGCUCGACGUGACGCCGCUCUCGCUUGGAUUGGAGACGGCUGGAGGGGUAAUGACGGUGCUGAUUCCGCGGAACACCACGAUUCCGACGAAGAAGGAGCAGAUUUUCUCGACUUUUUCGGAUAAUCAGCCGGGAGUGCUGAUUCAGGUCUACGAAGGUGAACGCGCUCGGACCAAGGAUAAUAAUCUACUCGGGAAAUUCGAACUCUCGGGAAUUCCGCCGGCGCCGCGUGGCGUGCCGCAGAUCACCGUGACGUUCGACAUUGACGCGAACGGUAUUCUAAACGUGAGCGCGGAGGAUAAGACUACGGGGCAGAAGAAUAAGAUUACCAUUACGAACGAUAAGGGCCGACUGAGCAAGGAGGAAAUCGAGCGGAUGGUGGAGGAAGCGGAGAAGUACAAGGACGACGACGAGCAGCACAAGAAACGGGUUGAGGCGAAAAACGCGCUCGAGAAUUACUCGUACGGCAUGCGUAACACCGUUCGCGACGACAACAUCGGGGGGAAGCUGUCGCCUGAAGAUAAGAAGGCGAUCGAGAAGGCCGUAGAUGAGACGAUUGAUUGGCUGAACAAGAACCAGCUCGCUGACGUGGACGAAUUCGAGGACAAGCAAAAGGAGCUCGAAAGCAUUUGUAACCCGAUCAUCGCGAAAAUGUACCAGGCUGGAGGUGGACCAGUGCCAGGAGCAGGAGGUGUGGGGGAUGUGCCUAGGAGAGGUGGUUUUCCUGGAGGAAGCGACGGGCCGAAGAUUGAGGAGGUUGACUGA